AUGCGAACCAGAUCCCAAGCGACUGAUUCUGACAGUGGUCAAGCCUCGUCGCGGGAAUGGUCCGGGCCGGCGCGCCUGUACCAGAAGCGCUCCGAGACUAGUAAGCCGUAUGGACGGGAGGGGGAAGCUACAGCCACUGGAUGCAACUUGUCGUCUAAGCUGCCGCCGCUCAUCUUCGAGCCGUCGUCGACCUUCCUCGAGUCGGUCGUUCCUUUGCUCGCCCAUCUCCAGUAUUUUGAUGUUCUCUGCAGAGCCGCUGAGUUAGAUGAGGCCCUGUUUCGUCUUCGGCCCGUGAGCACCCAGGAAAGCUUUCAAAGCGAGUUUCAAGCCGUUGGAUAUGUGCCGCAAGCUCCGGUGGAUGAAGACCCCGUGCCCCAAAGGAUCUGCCACCGCCGGACAGAGACCAGAGACCCGGACAGCUUGAACUUCGAGUCGCCCUGGGGCGCAGAUGGGGCGCCCUCCGACCCGGCGUGGAUCACAGCCAUGGUCUCGCAGACGGUGGAACUCCUGUGCAACCCGCCCGUGCGGCGCGGCGACGGGCGCAAGCGCACGUGCAACUCGUUCGAGCAGCGGCGCGACAAGCUGGUGAACGAUCCCUGGGCCGCGCGGAUCGAGUGCUCGAACGUGCGGUGCCGCGGGUGCGCGCAGCUGAUCAAGUCGGAGGGGCGGGACGGGAUGUAUCUCUAUCCGUUUCUGUGGAACAAGCACCGCGAUCGGUGCGAUGCUGUGCGACGCGUCAGGUUGCAGCACGGGGCAACUUAUGACGAUGUGCAUCUCCUGUAUUGGUAUGUCUCGCAUAGCAAGGGCGAGACCGUGGAUCAGAACAAGCAGAAAUGGAUCGCCUCGCGCAUGAAGAGAGACCGUAGCUGA